GGGUAGAAGGGUCUGGGAUUCCUUUAUGAGGUGCAACCAAAACAGCUGUUAGAAAUAGCAACCGGGAUAUUCUGGCAGGCUGUCGAGAAUUAGUUCUUGAAUACUGUUGUGGUUUUGAUCACUAAAAUGGCUGUGACUUUUGGACUCUCUUUGAGUGUUUCUUGGAUUUGUUGCCUGCUAAUUGGAGGGAUAACUUGUUUUACACUUAAAGGUAACGCUCAUGGGCAUCCUGCCUACACUGGACCUGAACCAACUGGAUCGUAUGCCCAAGCAAGUGUGGUGUCUGGUCCAAAUGCUAAAGCUACUGGCCAAAAUGCCACGUCAGCAGAAGCUACUGGCCACAAUGCCACGUCAGCAGAAGCUACUGGCCACAAUGCCACGUCAGCAGAAGCUACUGGCCACAAUGCCACGUCAGCAGAAGCUACUGGCCACAAUGCCAUGUCAAGUGUAAAGUCCGGCCCCGGCGCCUCAGCAGAAGCAACAGGCCCCAGCGCCUCAGCAGAAGCAACAGGCCCCGGCGCCUCAGCAGAAGCAACAGGCCCCGGCGCCUCAGCAGUAGCGUCCGGCCCCGGCACCUCAGCAGUAGCAACAGGCCCCGGCGCCUCAGCAGAAGCGACAGGCCCCCGCGCCUCGUCAGCAGAAGCUACUGGCCACAAUGUCACGUCAGCAGAAGCUACUGGCCACAAUGCCAUGUCAAGUGUAAAGUCCGGCCCCGGCGCCUCAGUAGAAGCAACAGGCCCCGGCGCCUCAGCGACUGUGGGCCUGGAGUAA